AAUCGGUGGGAGGUUUUUCCCAAUGGAUGAGCAAAACCCAGCUGGCCUUGAAGGAGGAAGAGACCCCGAGCCUGGGAGCAGUGGGGAAUUCUGGAAAAGAACUGUGGAGAACAUCCUGGGAGAGGAAGAGACCCUCAGCUUAGAUGUCCCAGCGCUGGCAUUUCAGGCAGUUCCGCUACCAGGAAGCUGAGGAGCCUCAAGAGGUUUGCAGCCGGCUCCACCAUCUUUGCCGCGAGUGGCUGAAGCCGGAGAGACACACCAAGGCUCAGAUCCUGGACCUGGUGGUCCUGGAGCAGUUCCUGGCUGUCCUCCCCCCAGACAUGGAGAACUGGGUCAGGGAAUGUGGAGCAGAGACCAGCUCCCAGGCGGUGGCCCUGGUCAAAGGUUUCCUCCUGAGCCGGGCAGAGGACAGGAAGCAGGAAGAGCAGCAGGAGAAAGGCCUGCUUGCAGAAGCGAGCGCCAGAUUUUCUGACUCGGAGGAAGCUCUUCCGGGGACGAGGCAGAGCACCCCACAAUGCGGGAUCGCCCCAGAGCUUGGCAGAGGGGCCACCUUGCUUGGAGAUGGAAUGAUGCCAGCAGCAUGUACCGGGUCAUCUCUCCCUGUUGGUGGAAGGGAUGGAGCUGUGAUGGAAAAGGAUCAGGUAAGGAGAAGGAUCAGGGAUGCGGGUGGCGCUGUGGGUUAAACCACAGAGCCUACGA